CCUUUUUUUAGAGGAAAAUUUCGUCUCUUUCUUCCAGCUCUCUAGCAUUUUUACUAUAAUUGAACCGUGGAUGUAGGCUACAGCAUUUCAUCAUGCAGAAUGAAAAGCAAAAAGUUUGGAAUCCAAUGCGAUGACACUACAUACCAUUAGCAGCAGAAAAGGUAGAGGAAGGCGAAAAGCAACGAUUGAUUCCUCAUCUUUUAAAGCAAUAAACAGGGGAAAUCUCUCGCCGACGGCUAAUCGCGGGAGCUGGUGACAAAACCAUUACCUCCCCGCCGUUGGUGGCGCACAUUUCGCUGCCGACAGAACCAACCUGGCACACAUUGCAAUGCCCCCACAGUUCCACCCUUUUCCAUCUUUUUCCGUUUCCCCAUAAAAAGAGCUGUUUGCUGCUUUAUCCCCUUUACUUGAAAGUCAUUGUACCGUAGCCCUACCCACUUGCACACGCGCAGUCACACUAGAAAGAGACAUCCAAGGGCAUCUGCUUCUCUCCAUCAUAAAUCAAUAUCAAUGCUUUGAGCUUUGAGCUUUGAGCUUUGAGAAGUAUAAGGGCGGUUGCUGUAAAUGCUUUGGGCUUAACGGUUCCGAGAAGCAUUCGUCGGAAGAGAGAAGUAAAGUCCUCUCCUUUCCUAUUUUAUAUACUUCAUUAUCUUCUUCGCUUCCUGCUGAGUGAAAUUGGUUCAUCGCUCUCGCCUCGUCGUAGGGCCGAACAUAGCCAGGUGGACUUCUCCUGAAAUUAAACUCAAUUUUACAUGUUGGAGAUAGAGAAUCUCCUUCAAAAGCAAAGUAAAACCAAAAUCUCCUUCAAUUCGAGCCACUUGAUUUGUUUUACAAAAAGAAACAAAAGAAAUUCAGGUGGUGUUACCCUCCCAAGAAGCACGUCUUGAGUUUGUUUGAGGUGCCCGAUUCGGACAGCUAUCGCAUUCUUGUCCGUCGCUGUGUCGCCACCUACAUCGGCGUCGGUUCUGAUCAUGACAUCAAUUUAAUUAAGAAAUCUAUCUCCCAAAUUAGAGGUAAACCAGGUGAUUACUUGGCCUCUUGUUGUGAUAAAUCAUACACUCGAGCUUGGACAUUCUUGUGUAUUCUGGCUUGGAGCUGAUGCUGAUGACUCUGCAGUUUUUGCUUUUCAAAAGUUCUUUGAUAUGGUGCAAUGUUUCCUGGAGGCCUUUGUCCAAGAAUUAAGAUUGACUAGUCCAAAAGACAUGCCUACUCACUACCAAUGGCGGAGGUACAAUGCAAUGGAUCACACUUGGAGAUUACCUAACAACUGACACAAGCAGCUGUUUGUCGAUUAGGAAUCAUUACACCCUGCUUCUUCUCAGUUGCUAAGGUAUGAGACCACAUGUCUCUCUGAGAGGCUCGAAAAAAAUUUUCCUACCAUGAUUGGUGGGAUUUGUGAAUGGGCUGUCGCCAAAGCAAGUUCUAGGUACUAAAAGGUUGUCGAAAAUUGCUUGAGCACAAUUAACGGUUCUUUAACGAGUAAUCUAACUCAAAUCCCACAUUUAUAUUUUUGAAUGUUGUGAUGGUGUGAUUGUGAAGUUCUCAGUUCUAGCACCUUGUUCUCCUCAGUGCACAGGAUUACAGGUUAUCAACCAUCUUGAACCCGAGUUACUUGCCUAAGGCAACUACAACCAUUCUGGCUUGAUGCAUCUCUGGAUGGGCAUGUGGUUCCAUUUGAGUUACGUUGGUUGCUUCUCAAAAUGGGAAUCAUAUCCAUGGCCCACAACUCUCACCAUUUCUAAUCUUUCUGUAGUUAAUGCACAGAGAAUUGAGUUUGUCUAACUUUUAUAAAGGGUUUAUUUAUAAGUAUGGAAUCCAAGACACGGAUUUGGAGGAGAAAACUUUCAGAAAAAGCCAUCACUAAAGAGAGAGUUUUAGAGCUGGAGAGAUCAUUAAUGAACUUAAAUGAGCAACUGUCAUCUGCUCGCAAUGAGUCUGAUGCCAAAGAUGCUCUUAUAGGUAAACAGUCACAGGUAGCUGAGGAAGCCAUUGCAGGAUGGAAAAAGGCAGAAGCUGAGGCAUUAUCCUUCAAGCUCGAACUUGAUGAUGCUUUGCGUCAGAAAGUCAUUGCUGAAGAAAAAGUAACCAACAUCGAUGCUGCUCUAAAAGAAUGUGUUCAGCAGUUAAAUGCUCUCAAGGAAGAACAACAUCGCACUGUUAAUGAUGCUUCAGUAAAUUUGUUGCAGGAGCGAGAAAAAACACAAGUUUUGGAAGAGAGGUUAGCAGAUGCUAGUCAAAGGCUUCAGCAAUUAUCUGUAGAAAAAAACAAUCUUUGUGGGAUCCUGGACAUGAAAGAAAAGUUUAUCAAAGAUUUAAAUGUGUCUAAAUCUCGGGCAGAAACAGACUUUGCAGCACUUGUGGAGAGAUUUGAUUUUUCUGAGAAAAGCAAUGAAUCUCUCAAGUAUGAGGUCCGUAUGCUUCAGAAGGAACUUGUUAUUCGUAAUCAGGAGAGAGAGUUUAAUCUGAGAUCAGCUGAAUGUGCUCAGAAGCAGCACCAGGAAAGUGCAAGGAAGAUCAAUAGGUUAGAAUCUGAAUGCCAUAGAUUGCGUGUCAUGAUCCGGAAGCGGCUCCCAGGUCCUGCUGCUAUUGCUAAAAUGAGGAGUGAGGUUGAAAUGCUCGGCAAUUCUGUUCCUGAAACAAGAAGAAAUUCAAAUUAUACAAUGGAUUCUUGUCUUCAUUUGGCACAAGAGAUUGGGCAUGAUGCACUGAGCAAGCAACUUGUUAGACUUCAUGGAAUUGAGGAUGAAAACAAAAUUCUUAAAGAAAGUCUGAAGAAGAAAAGCGGUGAGUUACAGUUAUCUAGAAUAAUGUUUGCACGAACAGCCUCUAAGUUAUCCCAAGCUGAAAAGCAACUCACGGAGUUGUCAAAAGGAUCAACUUGUCUUGAAGUAGCAAGAAACAGCUCUGUAACAAAUGAGCUGACUCUGGCAUCAGUUUCUGAGCAUGGUGGAAACAAAGAUGCUGUAAGAUGUCCUGAAUCAUGGGAAUCUGCUUUUAUGUUCCAAUUGGAGCACUUUAGAAUUGGUAAACCAGCUAUAGGAUCUUUGCAAUCAAGUCUCAUGGAUGAUUUUGAGGAAAUGGAAAAGCUGGCGAUCGUCUGUGCAGAUAAGCCAGAAGAAGGAUCAAGUAUAGAAGAAUAUAUUUUCUUGACACCAAAAUCACUUGAUUUAAAACCAGAGUUACUAGAAUCCAUGAGUAAAGAGCUAGUUCCGGUGGAAAAAUUAUAUAAUUCUGGUGAAUUUGAUCUUCGAGGCCAGUCAUGUUUUAUCCAGUAUGAAAAAUAUCCUACUUGGCUUCAAGAUAUUUUAAAAGUAAUAGUGGAGAAGCAUUACACUACACAACUUAACCUGGAUGUUAUUCUUCUUGAAGUUAGAACUGCUCUGAAUAAAAACAAAACAACUGUCAAGGCAAAACCUUUGGAUCCAUUUUUUGUUGGAGAUAAUGCAUGUCAAGGGCCUUGUCAUUCGUCCUUUACUUCAGCAGAUGGGUUACUGGGGACGAAGAAGUUUCUUCCAAGUGAAACAGGCAAUCAACCACUUCAAUCAAAAAUAGAAAAUGUGCUGCAUAGAAUAAUAGAUCUAAUUGAAGGAUUUAUACCGAGAGAAAUGCCGGUUAACGAUGGGGAAAACUUAAUUUCAUUGAAUGAUCGACACAUUGAUCCAUGUCAUAAACUUGCAUCAUCUACAAUGCAGAAAACAUGCAUCUUUUUUUGGGAAAGCUCUGAACUCACUAUGGUGCUUCAACGUUUUAUUGAUGCGUGCUACGUUAUGUUGUGCAAACAGGCUGAAGUCGAGAAGUUCGUUUGUGAAUUAGCUUCAACCUUAGGAUGGAUAAGUGAUCAUUGUUUUUCUCUUCAAGAUGUGUCCGAAAUGGAAGAAACAAUUAAGAAAAACUUUGGUGGUGAUCUUUUAUUUUGGGAUGAUGAUACUGAAGUUGAAGUUAAUAGCUCCAAGGGAGUGAAUUGUAAAGCAGGUGCUCAUGAUAAAUUCAAGGUUAUCCGUGAUGGCCUUUACAUUUUGUCCAAAAUGGGUAUCAUUGGGUCUAAGCUUAGAGAUGAAAAUAGAAAACUAAAACAUCAGAUGGCAAAUGUAGAGUAUGGAAAGAAAAAUCUUGAUGAAAUUCUCAAGUCAGUGAGUGCUAAGAAUCACUCAGUUACUCGAUUUAAAGAGUAUGAAAAAUGUAUUUCCAAUUUACAAACUGAACUGAGAACAUUGAAGGGUUCAAGCGGACUGGAUGAGGAUCAAAAGCUAGUAAGUCAAGAUCUUGGCAACCAGCUUACAGAUGCUAAGGUUGAGCUAAAUGAGACCCGUCAAAAGUUUUCUUCUCUUGAAGCUGAACUGGAGGAAAAAAGUAACUACUGUGAAGAAUUGAAAGAGAGAUGUCUCGAACUUCAGCUUCAAAUAGAAAGUGCAUCUGAUAAAUAUAUGCAUAAAUUUGACACGGUGCUGGAGGAGAAGGAAUUGAGAACAGACUGGGAGAUUUCUGCAGCCUCAGAAAAGCUGGCAGAGUGUCAGGAAACCAUCCUUGAACUUGGGAAACAGUUGAAGGCCUUGGCUUCACCAAAGAAUGCGACUCUACUUGACAAUUUGAUCUCAUCACCUGCUAUUGUAAGACACAGCCGAACUCCACAAUUGCUUGAACAAGUGAUAGCUGUUGACAAUGCCAAAUUUGUGGAUAUCAAAUCACCGCAGACCAAAGAAAUCAUAUCCGGUGAACCUCAAAAAACUGAUGCAAGCUUUCUGAAUGGACAGAAAGGCUCUCUGCAUUUUGUUUUACAAAAUCAGGAGAGCAGCAACAGGCAUGGUUAUCGAGCAAAAUCGCCUGAUAGGUCUCCUGCAGAACUGGGUGGAUCUUAUACACAAAAGUGUGGAGUUGAAGUAGGAACUCUUGUGAGUAUUCCAAAGAAGCAGAAAGGAGGAAUUCAUCUUCUGAAAAAAUUGCUUUCAAGGAAAAAGAAGACAGCAAUAAGAAGUUGGUCCUAGCCAAUGUUUCUUUCAGCACUUUUGAGUUGCUGAGAAUGGAUCAUGUCAGCUGGAGUGCUGUAUUAGAUUCUUUUGCUUUGUCUGUAUGUCAGGAUGUAAGAAAUUUUUAUUUUUGGUCUCUGUUUGAGGAGUUUUUUUUUUUUUGUCUGUAUAUGCUUUGUUUGUUGAGUGGCUUGUGAGGGAAUAAGUUGUGUAUGGUAAAAUUGUGCAUC